AUGGACAACGACCACCCCAAAGCAUGGUGUCCAACUCCAGAAGCGCCGGCCGCGUCCGCGCCGGAUUUGGGAGUCCAAGAGACCACCCCUGCCUACCGGACUUCAAUGAGAAAGCAUCGAGCCAGUGUCGCUUGCAAUUACUGUCGCUUCCGGAAAGUGAAAUGCAGUGUGGUGGGUGGAAAUCCAUGUUACAACUGUAUCCUGGAACAGGUUGAAUGUGUCCUGCCGCAACGACGACCGCGAGGCAAACCAAAGGCUCAAAUCCCAUCAGUAGCGCCCCGGGUCAUUUCUCCCGCAGUCCCCAAAUCUAUCAGGCCGGCUACUGAGCCUGCAAGCACAUGGUCCGAAUCGCGGAUCACUCCUGACCUUCCUCGCCAUAUCGACGAGUCCGUGUCACCCACCCCCAUUCCUCCGCCACCCCGUGAUACCUUGGGCGGCGACAUCUCUUCCAAAUCAUGGAGCACUCACGAGACUAUCGCUCCUGACUGCAAUUUCGACUGGUAUGCCGCCGCCACGCAGAGUUUGACAUCUCCAAUAUCAUCUGACGAGACGAUCGCGCCAUCGAAUGCUCGGGUUCACUUAUCGUAUACCGCAUUCCAAGAUCAAGAUCUUUCAUCACUGGUACAACCAACUUCCUCGGACUUCUCUGUCGAAGACUUGGUCUAUCUGCGCCAGAAGGGUGCGUUGACACUUCCCGAUCCGGAUUUGCGGAAUGACUUGCUCAAAAGCUACGUUGACCUCGUCCACCCUUGCCUGCCUCUCAUCGAUCUAAAUUCGUUUCAAGCCAGCAUCAGGAACCCGGCACGCCAUGGCCGAAUCAGUUUGCUUCUCCUACAGGCCAUCAUGUUCUCUGCUUCAGCCUGGGCGGACGUCAAGCUGGUACGCCAAGCAGGCUUCCUGACCCGCGAUGAGAUGCGGCGGGCGUUCUACCUCAAGACAAAGUUGCUUUAUGACUUCAACUACGAGCGUGAUCGCAUCGCCAUCGUGCAAUCUCUCGUUCUGCUCACAACCUGGUGGGUGACACCUACGGAACAAAAGGAUGGGUAUUACUGGUGCAGUUUGGCGCUGGCCGUGGCCAAAUCCAUUGGACUACACCGAGACGCACAUAGUGAAGGUCUUUCGGCGUCAGUUCGCAAACUCCGGCGAAGGAUCUGGUGGUGCUGUCUAAUGCGUGAUGCCCUCACCUCCUUAGGUACAAACCGAGCGCCGAGAGUCCAAUCCCACGACUUCACUGUGACGCCGCUCACAUUAGAGGACAUGCACCACUCUGACAAUAGUUUGAACACGAACAGUCUCCUGAACUCCUCAGAUCAAGCGCAAGCAAAGCUCGCUUCGAUUUUUAUCGCGUCAACGAAGCUCUGCCGAAUCCUGAGCACGAUUAUCGAUCUGCUCUACGCGGAAAAUCCGAUUGGCCACAUUGGCAUCCUGUACCCGAAACAAGACAACAAGCACAAUGCAGGACCGACGCAUACCCGACCCGUUGACGGCCUCGAAAAGCUCGAGAUGUGUGAACAAGACCUGCAGCAGUGGCGUGACCAGAUGCCGGACGAUCUACUGCACCAAUUCCCAGUCCCGGUAAUCACUUCCUCUGCUGAAGAAGCCAUGAUAAUACACCGUGCUUUGUUAGCUAUGCUGUAUCUGGUCGCUCAGUUCUGCCUGCACCGACCACGCGCUCUCGCCGAUCGCAUGGGCCUAGGAGCAAGUCAAAAUCAGAUACGGGGUUCGCAAACAUCGAUGCGCGCUGCAGCUGAAAGCCUCAAUAAGAUUGUGAUGGAUUUGUACCGGGUCGACCUGAUGCGCCGCUUGCCUGGCACGAGCAUCUCUUGCAUCCUGACCAUUAGCUGGAGCCAUGUCUUUGAUCUCCAAUCGCCGAGUGACGAAGUACGUCGAGGAGGGGCUCGGCGAUUUGAAGAAUGUAAGCUGGCCCUUCGGGAGCUUGUGGACACAAAUGUCGCCGCUGAGUGGGCAAUCGGGUUCCUGGACUUUGCGGCGUCGCACGUCAGUCGACUGUUCAAGAAGAAACAGAUCCGUCUCAUCCCGCAGGACGGUGAGCUGGGGCGGACCAUGUCAAGCUCGACACAGCAUAUCGCCACGCCCGCGACGUCCAAGACCAACGCCAACUCGGCCGUGGCAUCUGAAGCUCCGGCGCAAGAUUGCACCAAUACCAAUCUCUUUGAGCUGCAGACACGUCAAGGGUCGGGAGUUGGUCCCCUUGACUACGAGGACCUUGCGGUGGGGUCCGGAUUUAACUUGCCGGAUGACGAUCUAUUCAAUCUGGAUUUUUCCAAUUUGACCGACAUGUGGGUGGCUAUGCCCACGAUAGCUUGGGAUCCGUCGAGAAAUUCGCCCAGCGCGUGCUCUUGA